CAAAUGGAACAGUAGUUAAUAAUGUAAAAGAAUAUCCUGAACUUCUCUGGACUAUGCGAGGUGCAGGGAAUGCAGGCUAUGGUAUUGUUACAACUUCAACCAUCAAGAUACACCCUGUACAAAAGAUCGUAACUCGGUUUAAUUUUACAUAUGAUUUUGACCAGACAUCAUCAAUUCUCUCAGUAAUAAAUCAAUUGGGGAAUAGUUAUUUUCAUCAAAAUUUAACAUUUGCAACAUCAAUCACUAAACUCCCAGAAUUAUCUGUCGAUGUUUUUGGGAUUUAUUUAGGAUCUGCAGCUGAGUUGCAACCUUAUAUACAAGAUUUUAUUAAUUUAUCUAAACCUAAAAUGGAGUCGUAUAUUGAAGGCGAUUUUUACGAGUUGAUUACUUAUUACGCAAAUUCAACUAAGGGUGUGGGAAAUUUUAAAGUAAAAUCAUUCUUUAUGAAUUCUGAUGGGUUAUCUAUUGAAGGAGCUAAAUAUCUAAUGAACUUUAUAGAAGGUUUCAAGUGUGAUUUAAGAAUAGAGAUGUUACUACUUGGUGGAGAAGUUAAUAAGGUUAGGAGAAACGAAACAGCAUUCGUCCAUAGGGGUCAUAUGAAUCAUAUGGAAAUUAAAGUAAUAGAGCCUUCUGAAAUGUGUUUACGAGAUUUAAAAAUUUUUUCUACCCAUUUUCAACGAAAGUAUACAAAUUAUGAAAGUUAUCAAAAUUUAAUUGAUAGACAGUUGGAUAACUGGCAAUGUAGAUACUAUAGAGAAAAUUUCGAAAAACUAGUGGAAAUUAAACAAAAAUAUGAUCCUUAUAAUUUAUUUCGUUGGAAUCAAAGUAUACCUACUAAUACUGAAAUUUCAUGUUAUUAA